GAGAGAGAAUGUAUUAAAACCGAGGAUGGAACAACUUACUUCUCCAGUAUUUCGCUCACCUGACACCUGAAUCACGACGACACUUUAUGCGACGCUAAGGUGCUCCACAUCGUUUUUCCUUCGUGGACGGAAUUUGAGAUUCUUUGAACAUACAGUCGCCAGGAGGUUCAAAGGCUCGGCAACAGAGAUGUCUAAGAAGGUACUAGUGACUGGUGGAGGCGGCUACAUUGGCAGCCACUGUGUGGUGGAGCUCAUUGAAGCAGGUUAUUGUCCGGUCGUGAUUGACAACUUCAGCAAUGCUGUCCGAGGAGUUGGUGAUGUCCCAGAAAGUCUGAGGAGAAUUGAGGAGUUUAUGGACACAAAUAUUGAGUUCCAUGAGAUGGAUUUACUUGACAAGCCCGGACUGGAAAGGAUAUUUAAAAAGCACAAAUUCAGUGCAGUAAUGCACUUUGCCGGGCUGAAAGCAGUGGGUGAGUCUGUUGACCAGCCCUUGCGGUACUACCGGGUCAACCUGACCGGAAGCAUCAACCUAUUGGAGGUUAUGCAGGCUCAUGGAGUGCACAAUGUGGUCUUCAGCAGCUCUGCAACGGUGUACGGGGACCCCCAGAGGCUCCCCAUUGAUGAGGCCCACCCUGUCGGAGGCUGCACCAACCCCUAUGGCAAGACCAAGUACUUCAUCGAGGAAAUGAUCAAGGACCACUGUCUGGCAGAGAAGGACUGGAAUGCUGUGUUGCUGAGAUACUUCAACCCAAUUGGUGCUCAUAUCUCUGGACAAAUCGGUGAAGACCCACAGGGCAUCCCCAACAACCUGUUACCAUACGUUGCCCAGGUGGCUGUAGGUAGAAGGAAACACCUGAACGUGUUUGGAAAUGACUAUGAUACCAUUGAUGGAACAGGUGUGAGGGACUACAUCCAUGUCGUAGACUUGGCAAAGGGACACAUAGCAGCACUCAGGAAAGUGGAGGAAAACUGUGGAUGUAAGGUGUAUAACCUGGGCACAGGUACUGGCUACUCUGUGCUGCAGAUGGUGAAAGCCAUGGAGAAGGCCUCAGGGAGACAGAUCUCGUACAAGAUCGCCCCUCGUAGGAAUGGAGAUGUGGCAUCCUGCUAUGCGGACCCCCAGCUGGCAGAGAGGGAGCUGGGCUGGAAGGCUCAGUUUGGACUGGAGAGGAUGUGUGAGGAUCUUUGGCGCUGGCAAUCCAACAAUCCCUCCGGCUUCAGCAACGGCACAGCCGAAUGAAGCAGACUGCACAAUCAUGGAGACGAAUGAAGAAUCACAGGGCCAAAGUAGACCAAUGACCUCCUCAUGUUUACAGCAUAUCAAUGACCUGCUUCUAAUGAAAUGGACACCUCAAGAAAAAAUAACUACAAUUAUUUUAUUACCUUUCAUGUAUUUUGUUUUUAUUUUUCUUUCUCGUCUGCUUUAUGUACAGAAAUUAAACAUUUCUGUAGCAAUAUUUGUAAAGAACCUACUUUCUUCUUUGUUCUUUGUUUUUCAUACACUUGUUUUAUACUGUCCUGUCUUAAUUUAGACCAAUACCUGUCCUUGUCAGAUUAAAGAUAUUAACUUAAUGAUUUUAUCAAA